UAGCGUUUUGGCCCCAGAGCCCAUAGAUGGCUUGCAGCCGCAGGCAUUCUGCCUUUCCUCAUGGAGGAAUUCAUCCGUGCACUUCAUGAAGAGCGCGAAGAACUCCUGCGAGUCGCUGAGGAGCACAACACGGCCAUGCAAAGAUCCAUGAUGUUGACCUUCCAGCGGCUGGACAACCGCUUUGCGGAGAAAGCCAACUCUCCAGGCGAGAGCGCGACUUUCCUUCAAGGCGCCGCGGGUGCCAUGAACUCAUUUGACUCGAUGAUGGCCAGCCAGCCCGUUGAGCCUGGUGCAGAUCCCUUGCCCGAGUGCAUGUCCCCCUCCAAGUCCCACGAAGACGUGGUGGAAGCCGUGGAGCCAGAGACUUAUCCCGAAAACACUGGCGGCCCAUCGGCCGACCCAUCGGCUGGCCCAUCUUGCGGCCCCAGCGCGUUCGCCACUUUCGAGUUAGCGUCAGAGAUGCCGCAAGCCGCUGCGCCUUUGCCCGCGCAAGCCACUCCGGCACAGUCGAAGAGCGCGAGACCAAAUGACACCUCGGAGAUCUUCGGCCUGCAGAGCAUCGUCCACCGAACCAAGCGCUACAUUGACAUCUUAGCCGGCGCCCUGGUGCUGUUGAACUCCUUUGUCAUGAUGCUGGAGCUGGAGUUGGAGGGAAGGGCUGUGGGUAUUCAGCUGGGCUUGGGGGACGGUUCAACUACUACCCUGGAAGAGAUCGAGCCAACUUUUCAAGUCUUGGACACUAUCUUUGUGUAUGUCUUCUUAGCCGAGCUGCUUCUGCGCAUAGCAGCUGAGCGGCUUCACUUCUUCCAUGAUGUGGCCAACUGGUUUGACGCCGUGCUGGUGGUGGUGGGCAUGUUUGACGUCUGGCUCAUCGUUCCCCUGUCUUCUGGUGAUGCCGAGCCCCAGAACAUCAUGAUGAUGCGCCUCGUGCGGGCGGUGAAGUGCCUCCGGGCCAUCCGCAUGGUGCGGACCUUUCGGCUCUUCCGGGGAUUGAAUCUGCUGGUGAAGGCCUGCCAGUGUUUCCUCCCUUCGUUGGGCUGGUCCAUGGUGCUCCUCUUGGUCUUUAUGUCCAUGGGCUCACUGGUUAUGGGCAACUUGUUGCGAGACUUCAUGAUGGACGCCAGUGAGAGCCUGGAGGACAGGCAGUGGAUUUGGAAUCGAUACGGUACCACGUACCGUGCAAUGUGGACGCUGUACGAAGUCACCUUUGCAGGGAACUGGCCAACCAACGCACGGCCUGUCUUGGACAAGGUGAGCCACGGCUUUGUUGUGUUCUUCCUUGUGUACAUCACCAUCAUUGUCUUUGCAGUGAUUCGGGUGAUCAGUGCAAUUUUUUUGAAGGACACCUUGGACGCUGCGCAGAACGAUGCGGAGCAGCUUGUUGUUGAUAGGUUGAAGAAGAAGGCUCAGUAUGUCCAGAAGCUGGAGGAAGUUUUCCGAGCGAUUGAUUCUUCCUCCGAUGGCAUGGUCACAGAGGAGAAAUUGACGCAAGUCCUCUCAAAUCCCAAAGUGGCAGCUUAUUUCCAGACUCUCGACGUCGACGUCGUCGACAGCACUGCUUUGUUUCACCUUCUCGACAAUGGUGACGGAGAAAUUACCUUGGACGAGUUCAUAGAAGGCAUAUUGCGGUGCAAAGGUCAUGCACGGGCCAUCGACCAGGUGGCCAUGCGCUCGGAGCUGCGGCAGUUGGAUGCGAAGCUUUCAAGGCUGAGCUUCCGCCUCAAGGAGGCAGGCAUCAUCAAGAGCAGCGGCAAAGCCAAGGUGAAUGGCAGAAUGAUCAGCGCAUAACGGCCUAACUUUCACUCGGCAAGCGGGGGCUGCAACCGAACA